CUCACGUCCUACCUUAGCGAAGCGUGCCAAGACGUUGCCAUUUUCCCCGUCAUCCCCAACACCACUUGAAAGCGAACUCGCCCUUCAAUAACUUCGCCGGAUUCCCAAGUCCUUUCCACCUUUUCUUCUUCUCUACAACAAAACACCUACCGACUUUUUCUCUUUGAUUGCUAGAUACCCCUCAAAACACCAACAACAAACCACGCCUAAUACUAUUCACUCAUACACACCACCCAAAAUGUCUAACUCUCUCGAGCAGCUCAAGGCCACUGGCACUGUUGUCGUCUGUGACUCAGGCGACUUCGCUACCAUGGCCAAGUACAAGCCCCAGGAUGCCACCACCAACCCCUCCCUGAUUCUCGCCGCUACCAAGAAGCCCGAGUACGGCGCUCUCCUCGACGCCGCCAUCGCCGAUGCCAAGAAGGGCCCCGGCUCCCCCGAGGAGAAGGUCGAUGCCGCUCUCGACUACCUCCUUGUUCAGUUCGGCAAGAAGAUUCUCGAGAUCGUCCCCGGCAAGGUCUCCACUGAGGUCGAUGCCGCUCUCUCCUUCGACACCAAGGCUUCCGUCGACAAGGCUCUCCACAUCAUCAAGCUCUACGAGGCCGAGGGUAUCUCCAAGGACCGCGUCCUGAUCAAGAUCGCCUCCACCUGGGAGGGUAUCAAGGCUGCCGAGAUCCUCCAGCGCGACCACGGCAUCAACUGCAACCUCACCCUCAUGUUCUCCCUUACCCAGGCCAUCGCCGCCGCUGAGGCCGGUGCCUUCCUCAUCUCCCCCUUCGUCGGCCGUAUCCUCGACUGGUUCAAGGCUCACACCGGCAAGAACUACUCCAAGGAGGAGGACCCCGGUGUGGCUUCCGUCAAGACCAUCUUCAACUACUACAAGAAGUUCGGCUACAAGACCAUUGUCAUGGGUGCCUCUUUCCGCAACAUUGGCGAGAUCACUGAGCUCGCUGGCUGCGACUACCUGACCAUCUCCCCCAACCUCCUCGAGGAGCUCCUCAACUCCGAUGCUCCCGUCCCCCAGAAGCUCAACGCUGCCGACGCCGCCAGCCUCUCGAUCGAGAAGAAGACCUACAUCAACAGCGAGCCUACUUUCCGCUUCGACUUCAACGAGGACCAGAUGGCCGUCGAGAAGCUCCGCGAGGGUAUCUCCAAGUUCGCUGCUGAUGCCGUCACCCUCAAGGACAUCAUCAAGCAGAAGCUUGCUGAGUAAGCGUGCGGUGGUAGUAAUGGUUUAAUUUAGAAUGAAACAAAAAUGGAUGAUGAUGACUUUUUUUUUCUGGCAACUGUUUGCGUCCGCAUUGAGGAUUCAUUAUUACGUGUAGAUAUUAUCGGUGACUGGGUCAAGUUGAAGAUUAGAUCUUUUGUAGUACUGUAGGUGACGUGUUAUGCAAGUCAUUGAGAGUCUGAA